CUCCCCCCCCGCUCCGUCACCGCGGCGCCGUUGCCGUGAUAACCCCCGGACGGCGGUUUCUCCUCCCCCCCCGCUCCGUCCCCGCGGCGGCGUUGCCGUGGUAACCCCCGGCCGGCGGUUUCUCCUCCCCCCGCCCCGCUCCGUCCCCGCGGCUUCGUUGCCGUGGCAACCCGCGUCCGGCGGUUUCUCCUCCCCCCCGCCCCCCCCGCGCUCCGUCACCGCGGCGCGCGCCGAUGACACGGGCCUGUUCCCUUCCGCGCUGCUCCGCGCCGGUCACCGGUCCGCCAUGGGGGCCGCCCGGGGGGCCGGACGGGCCCGGGGGGCCGAGCCCGGGGGCGACGGACCCAACGGGACCCCGAGCCCCUGGAACGUGAUGAUCAAGCACAGGCAGGUUCAGCGGCGGCGGCGGCGGUCCCAGAUGACUACCAGCUUCACGGACCCGGCCGUCUCCAUGGACCUGCUGCGAGCCGUCCUCCAGCCCAGCAUCAACGAGGAGAUCCGCUUGGUGUUCAAUAAGUACAUGAAGUUCUUUCAGAAGGCGGCCCUCAACGUGCGGGACAACGUCGGAGACGAGGUGGAGGCCGAGAGGCUGAUCCAGGAGGCCUGCCGCAGUUCUCUGGAGCAGGCCAAGCUUCUGUUUGCCACGGAAGAGAAACCCAUUCCCAGAUUCAGCCACGAAGCGCUCGCGGGAAAGCACGGCCGGCAGAUGGAAGAAGAAGGAAUUUACCAAGGAAGUCCCGUCUACAAAAAGAGGAAGGGGCGGCCUCCGGGACACUUCGGCUCCAACGACCGGGCGGCCUCGUCGGUGGCGCUGUGUAAGCCCAAGGUCUGCGAGCUCAUCCGACGGGACGGCCCCAAGUGGGAUCCGGACCGCCUCAAAAGCAACACCACCUUCGUGCUGGGAUCGUGCGCCAACAAGGCCCUCGGCAUGGGGGGCACCAGGGGCCGAAUCUACAUCAAACACCCGCAUCUCUUUAAGUACGCCGCCGACCCCCAGGACAAGCACUGGCUGGCAGAGCAGCAUCACAUGAGGGCCACGGGAGGCAAGAUGGCCUACCUCCUCAUCGAGGAGGACGUCCGCAAUCUGGCCGCCAGCGACGAUUACAGGGACUGCCAGGACCUGAAGAUGGAAGAGCUCAGCUCUUUCGUCCCGCCGGCGUGGAUGGCCGAGAAGAUGCGCAAAUACAUGGAGACCCUGCGCACGGAGAACGAACAGCGGCCCGGUGAAGCCCCCCCCGAGACCUGACCCCCGCCCCGAACCCCCUUCCCGAGACAGACCGGUGCCGAAGGGCCCGGAGUCGGUCCGG